AUGUCUUUGAUAAUAAGAUAUGUGGAUAUUUCUUCAGCUUCUGUUAGUAUUGAGGAAUCAUUUUUAGGAUUUUUGAAUGUGAAUGAUACAAGUGGUCAGGGGCUUUUUGAUGUUUUACAAAAUGAAUUGAAAGAACUUGGUCUCGACCUAUUUGACGUGAGAGGGCAAUGUUAUGAUAAUGGGUCCAAUGUGAAAGGAAAACACCAAGGUGUGCAAAAGAGAUUUUUAGACAUAAAUCCGAGAGCCUUUUAUACUCCUUGUGGUUGUCAUAGUCUUAAUUUGGCAUUGUGUGAUAUGACUAACUCUUGUAUUAAAGCUAGGAAUUUUUUUGGAGUUGUUCAAUGCAUUUAUACAAUUUUUGUCAAUUCUACUAAGAGAUGGAAAAAUUUGGAAGAUAAUGUAAAAGGGUUGACUCCAAAAUCAUUGUCAUCCACUCGUUGGGAGAGUCGUGUAGAAAGUGUCAAAGCUAUAAGAACUCAAAUGUUAGAAUUUACAGAAGCUUUGCUUGAAGUGUCAGAAAAUGAUCUUGAUCCUAAAAUACAAAAUGAAGCUAAAUCCUUAGCAACAAAUGAGCUUGGUGAUUUUGAGUUUUUGAUGGCUAUAAUUAUUUGGUUUGAAAUAUUAUCUGCAAUUAAUUCUGUUAGCAAGCUUUUACAGGAAAAGGAUAUGUUUAUUGAUGUUGCUAUGCAAAAAAUUAAGGGGUUGAUUUCGUAUUUUGAGGGAUAUAGAGAAAUAGGUUUUUAUAAGGUAUUGAUUAACGCUAAGGAAAUUGCGGUGGAAUUGAAUAUUGCCCCAAUAUUUUCUCAAAGGCGUAUAAUUAAAAGAAAAAGGCAAUUUGAUGAGAAUUUGAAUAUCCCAUCAGUCGAGCUAUCAGAAGAAGAAUCAUUCAGGGUUAAUUAUUUUCUUUACCUUGUUGAUCAAGCUGUUGUUUCUUUUAAUAAGAGGUUUGAGCAAUACCAAGAGUAUGAAAGUAUUUUUGGUUUCUUGUUUACUUCUCACAAGUUACAAUCAUUAGAUGAUGCAGCUUUGAAGUCUUAUUGUACUAACUUUGAGCAGGCAUUGAAAUAUAAUGAGCAAUCUGAUAUUGAUGAGAAUGAAUUUUUUGCAGAGUUGAAGUUACUAAGAGAAAUGUUGCAUGAAGAAACCAUAAGACCUACUGAUAUAUUAUUAUUUUUAAAAGGCUUGGAUUGUUUUCCUAAUACAGUUAUUGCAUAUAGAAUCUUAUUGACUAUUCCUGUGACGGUUGCUUCUGCAGAAAGAAGUUUUUCAAAAUUGAAGUUGUUAAAGACUUACUUGCGGUCUACCAUGUCACAAGAAAGGCUUAAUGGAUUGGCAUUAAUAGCUAUUGAAAAUGAUACUUUGGAGACAAUAAAAUAUGAAGACUUAGUUGACGAUUUUGCUUCAAAAAGUGUUCGUAGGAAGGCUCUUUUUAUGUAG